AUGGCAGAUUUUCUAGUAGAAGUAACGGGGGAUCCGACCGAAGAAACGAGCACACGGUGGAAGCUCCACGUGGACGGAGCCUCCAACCAGACGUCUGGGGGCGCCGGGAUCAUCCUGGAAAGCCCGGUUGGAGUCGUAUAUGAGCAGUCGAUUAGGUUCGAAUUCCCCAUUUCGAACAACCAGGCAGAAUACGAAGCUCUUAUAAGGGGCUUAACCCUAGCAGCGGAAGUCGGAGCAACAAGGUUGGAAAUAUGCAGCGAUUCUCAGGUCGUCACCUCCCAGGUAAACGGGAGCUAUCAAGCCAAAGACUCGUUAUUACAAAAGUACUUGGAAAAAGUCAAGAACUUAAGCCAAAAAUUUGAGGAGGUCACGGUCCACCACGUGCCAAGAGAAAGGAACACACGGGCAGACCUCCUAUCAAAACUGGCCAGCACCAAACCGUGA